CAGGUGCUGCGCAUGCGCAGCGUGACUAUUGUAUCUCGUGGAGACAGGCGCGAGCGAGGCCUGAAAUAAACAUCAAAGGAAGUUAAUUAACGUGCGCGCGUGCAGCGGGAGGCGAGCGGGACACAGCGCGCGGGCUCGGCGGAGAGGAGAAACACGGCGCUGAGAUGGCGGAGGCAGCGGCGCAAGCGUCCUCACAAGCCCGGCUUCAGCAAGGCCAGAGCGGGGGGUCGGCGGGCUCAGGCUCGGGCUCCGGAAGCAGCGACCCGGCGCGGCCCGGUCUGAGCCAGCAGCAGUGGGCGAGUCAGAAAAAGGCGCAAGUCCGCGCUUUCCCUCGGGCUAAGAAGCUUGAGAAGCUCGGAGUGUUUUCGGCUUGCAAGGCCAACGAUUCCUGUAAGUGUAAUGGCUGGAAGAACCCUCAUCCACCGACGGCCACCCGGAUGGAGCUCCAGCAGCAGGCGGCUGAUUUGAGCGAGGCCUGCCGCAGCUGUGGUCACGCUCUCGCGGAGCAUGUGUCUCACCUAGAGAAUGUCUCAGAGGACGAGAUUAACAGGCUGCUCGGGAUGGUGGUGGAUGUAGAAAACCUCUUCAUGUCUGUGCACAAGGAAGAGGACACAGACACCAAGCAGGUCUACUUCUAUCUGUUUAAGCUGUUGAGGAAGUGCAUACUCCAAAUGGGCAAGCCAGUAGUGGAGGGUUCACUAGGAAGUCCACCGUUCGAGAAACCUAACAUAGAGCAGGGGGUGUUAAACUUUGUGCAGUAUAAGUUCAGUCACUUGGCUCCUAAGGAGAGACAGACGAUGUAUGAGCUGAGUAAGAUGUUUCUGUUGUGUCUGAACUACUGGAAGCUGGAAACGCCGUCUCAGUUCCGUCAGCGCGCCCAGAAAGAGGACGCAUCUGCCUACAAAGUCGACUAUACCAGGUGGUUGUGCUACUGUCACGUGCCGCAGAGUAACGACAGUCUGCCUCGCUAUGAGACGUGUCAGGUGUUCGGCCGCAGUCUGCUCAAGUCUAUCUUCACAGUCACCCGCAGGCAGCUGCUAGAGAAGUUCAGAGUAGAGAAAGACAAACUGCCCCCAGAGAAACGCACGCUUAUUCUCACACAUUUUCCCAAGUUUCUUUCCAUGCUGGAAGAAGAAAUCUAUGGUGAGAACUCUCCUAUAUGGGAUGCUGAAUUCACCAUGCCAGCUAAUGAGGGAGCCCAACUGGGGCCUCAGACAGUGUUGAGUCCAGUAGCAGUUUCUGGUUCUCCUCUGCGUAAAGGCGCUGGUGGCUCUGCUCUGGACACAGCCUCCUCCGAGCCCGUCACAGGAGAGAAGAGGAAGUUACCAGAAGCUCUGACGUUGGAGGAUGCUAAGCGGAUCAGGGUGAUGGGCGAUAUCCCUAUGGAACUAGUCAACGAGGUCAUGAUGACGAUCACUGACCCUGCUGCCAUGCUGGGUCCAGAGACAAGUCUCCUGUCUGCAAAUGCAGCGCGAGAUGAGACGGCACGUCUGGAGGAGAGGAGAGGCAUUAUAGAGUUCCACGUGAUCGGUAACUCACUCUCUCAGAAGUCCAACAAGAAGAUCCUGAUGUGGCUGGUGGGCCUGCAGAACGUCUUCUCCCAUCAGCUGCCCCGCAUGCCCAAAGAGUACAUCACACGCCUUGUCUUUGACCCGAAGCACAAGACUCUGGCUCUGAUUAAAGAUGGCCGUGUGAUUGGUGGGAUUUGUUUCCGAAUGUUUCCCACUCAGGGAUUCACUGAGAUUGUUUUCUGUGCUGUUACUUCAAACGAGCAAGUGAAGGGCUAUGGCACUCACCUGAUGAAUCACCUGAAGGAGUAUCACAUCAAGCAUGGCAUUCUUUACUUCCUGACUUACGCUGACGAGUAUGCCAUCGGUUACUUCAAAAAACAGGGCUUCUCCAAAGACAUCAAAGUGCCAAAGAGUCGCUACCUUGGCUACAUUAAAGACUACGAAGGGGCCACACUGAUGGAAUGUGAGCUCAAUCCCAGAAUCCCCUACACAGAGCUGUCACACAUCAUCAAAAGGCAGAAAGAGAUUAUCAAGAAGCUGAUUGAGAGGAAGCAGAGCCAAAUCCGGAAGGUGUACCCCGGCCUCACCUGCUUCAAAGAGGGAGUCCGACAGAUACCUGUGGAGAGCAUUCCGGGCAUUAGAGAAACAGGUUGGAAACCCAGCACCAAAGAGAAAAACAAAGAACUGAAGGAUCCUGACCUUCUGUACAACAUACUGAAAAAUCUUCUGGCCCAGAUUAAAACACACCCAGACGCUUGGCCUUUCAUGGAGCCUGUGAAGAAAUCUGAAGCUCCAGACUACUACGAGAUCAUCAGAUUCCCUAUUGACCUAAAGACCAUGACAGAGCGGCUGAAGAACCGCUACUACGUGACCAAGAAGUUAUUCAUCGCCGACCUGCAGAGAGUGAUCACCAACUGCAGGGAGUACAACCCGCCUGACAGCGAGUACUGCAAGUGCGCCAACACGCUCGAGAAGUUCUUCUACUUCAAACUGAAAGAGAGUGGCCUCAUCGACAAGUGACCCAGCACACAGGUGGUGGCAUUUAAAGGGACAGGACACGUACGGCAGACAACACCACAAACUCCCACUCAUGUAAAGACAUACAAGAUGGAACAAUCUGAGAUGUGUGUGAGGAAGAAGAGGCGUGAGUUCACGAGGCAUUAGAGAAAGCAAGGAGGGUAAAAUGAACCUCUGGUUGGGUUCAGCGUUAAUUCAGCAGGGGACUAAAUGUUUUGGACGUUAUUAUUUUUUCUGUUUGGUUUUGGCACAUUAUAUAUACACACUGUUAAGAGAACAUUACAUGUCUAAUAAUUCUGAUUAAGCCCAUUCAUAUCAAUACUCCAUCAUAACAUUUUAUACCACAGCACUGCUGAAUGCUCAAUUCUGAUUGGUCGGAAGGUAUUGAUUAAUUUUCUACAUCAGCAGCUCUGACAACAGUUCCCGCUGCAAGGUUUAUAUUAAUGCACUUGUUCUAAUACGUUUAUCGUUUCUAUAUAUAUAAUGUACACAAGGACUUGUUCAGAGGACACUCCACACAGACUGAUUUAAAAAAAAAAAAAACAUGUAAUUAUUAAGAUGGUGACUUUUCUGUGAGAAGAUGUAAAGGUAGCAUUUUUGGAAGGCGUCACCAGUGUCAGUGCUUUGUAACAGCCAGAGGUAAAGCUGUAACUUCUAAGUUUUGAGACAUGGGAGAAUUCAGGACAGAGGGCUGUAUAACAUGACAAGCUGCGCUUUAUUUUGGGUCUUACUUACUUCAGGAGAGGAAAAAAGAGAGAGGCUGGUGAGGGAACGACUGCUUAUAGCUGCUAUUAUAACUGUUUAUAAUGUACGUUAUAACAGGAACUAACUUGUUUAUUGGACCUUCCACGAUAUUACACAUAAGUACAUAUGGAUAAAGAAAAGUACAUAUUCCAUAAUAAAUAAAAAAAAAAUUUAGAAAUUGCUGUGAUCUAGGGAAUAAAACACUUUGAGGUGCGUGGUUAAUGGAAAAUAAUAAACAUAUGGAGUGGUAACAGUCACUCCACAUUGUAUUGGCCCACAUCUCACCACCCCAUCAUUGAUUAUUUUCCUUUAACAGCAUGUCCAGAACUGUUUUAUUCCUUACAUGGGCUACUUUACUGCCCACUGAUUAAGCUUUCUUUUGGAUUGUGUAACAGUCACAACAGUUUUCCUCUCUAAAUAAUUAGAUAAAUGCCGUCUAAAUCUGCAUAUAUGCUACGGAUCCAGAGUUUACUCAGUAGAUGGUUACACUGACUGCUCAUCCUUGCCAUAUUUAGUGUAUACAGAGCCAAAACUGGUCCACUGGAGCCUGGAGUGGCUUGAUAUCCUCAUUUCUUAUCUAUUUUUCUUAAAACAGUAAAACUGGUAUCACCGUUAACAAUGCAUACUGCUCCUGGAGGAGUCAAGGCCAGUUCACAAUCUCAGUGAUCUGUUUUAAUCUGUAUUAAUUGUCUUCUGUUUUGGAAUCUUAUCAUAUCAGGGUUUCUUUUAUUAUUAUUAUUAUUAUUAUUCUUUGCAUUCCCAUAUGUGCCAUUCUUCCAGUGAAUCCAUAUGGAAACCACACUUAGGGCUUCUUGCCCACGUCAUUGAACUACUGUAGUUCUUCUCUGGACUGUAAGGUCAUGGCAACUGGUUUUUUACUACAGGCGCAUUCAGAUUUCAUUUUUAAUAUCAGAGCUCUGAGUAUUGACUAAUAUUCUCUGCCAUUCUGAUGUAAUUGAGCUGACUCUAUAAAAAAAUCGCAGGCAUGAUAGCAGCAUGCUUUACAGCAGUUUGUGCUCUGUGUUUAUGUGCCACAUCUGUGUUUGCCAGACUACAAAAUAAAUGUUCAUGUCCUAAAAUGUCAGUUUAUCAGAUAUUAAUAUAUUAAUACUUAGCAUCAGAUCAGCGCAUCCUGGGUUAGCACCUCUGGUCAUUUGCAAGUAUAAGCCAUAUUUAUCACUGCAAUAUUUCUUCAGUGCUUUGAGAGUUCAUGAUGUCAUGCCAGUAUCCACUGUAAUUCCGUAAGCUGAUUUUUACUCAGUAUCUGUGCCAGGUAUCUGAAUUUUCUUUUAUAAGCUCAUCUUCUGUUUUAAGCAUGAUUUCUGUGGGAGGAAAACGGUCACAAAAAAGCUCCCAGAUAUCAGUAUACACUGUUCUGGACACUGUAUCUGUAACCUGGAUUACUUUCAUUAAAGUGUCUGUUGAAUGGUUAUAACACGGAUUAAUACACACCCUAUGUACCUGUUUGUGCCUGUUCCGAUGUUGCAUGAUCUCAGCAACUUUACUCUUUGCAUUAAAGAAAGAAGCUCAUGACAUUACCUGACGAUUUUUGUUCUGAGGAGUUUUGCACAGUGCUUUUGAAAUUAUAAGUGGGUGGUUCUUCACUGUAAUGUCACCCACCCUCCCGCCCCCCCGUUGGUUACAUACUUGAAUCAGACUUGGUGUAAUGCAGUGUUCAUAUCAGGCAUUUUAUUUUAUUUUAUUUUUAAAGUUCUACAAGUCCUGUAUAAUGAUAAAGUGUAAAAAAAAAAAAAAAAAACUGGGACAAUGUUCAUGGCUUUGGUUACAUUUUGGUGCAUUUCUUUGUAC